AUGGUGGCGCUGUUCUACCUGGUGGUCCUGCCUACCUCAUCAGCUCAUAUUCACGGUCGCGACGCCGGAGCAAGCACGCGCAUUCACCUCGAUAAGAUAGUGGUGGCUCGUGAUGGCGACGUGCGCAUGUCGGCCUGGCCCGGAGAGCUCAAGCGGUCGGGCGAGUGGGUGUCAGUCUCGUGGAGCGGCGCCUCGGCCAGCUGGGGCGACUGGGUGGGCGUCUACUCGCCCGCCGACGCCGAUGUCACCGUGACGGCCCCGAUCAAGUACAAGUACGCCGACGAGUUCAAGGACGGAUAUGGCAAGCUGUGGUUCCGCCUGACCAACAUGCGGGCCGACUACGUCUUCCACUACUUCUCGGGCGGCAUCGACAAGCCCACCCUGAUCGCCUCCUCCAAUCGAGUGACGUUCGCCAACUACAACGAACCGCUGCAGGGCCGCCUGAUGCUGACCGGCGUGCCCCACGAGAUGCGCGUCAUGUGGACCACCCUCAACACAACCUCGCCCCAGGUCAAGUUCGGCACCUCGCCCGGUCAGUACGUUGGUAGUGUGAGCGCGUCGACAACGACCUACACGAGGGACCAGAUGUGCGGCGCGCCGGCCAACACCGAAGGCUGGCGUGAUCCGGGCCUGUUCCACAGCGCCGUCCUCUCCAACCUCUCGCCCGAUACGAGGUAUUACUAUGUCUAUGGUGACCCUGCGUACGGAUUCAGCGAAGAGGCCUCCUUCAUGUCGGCCCCUCGCCCUGGAGCGGCCAGCCGCACCCUCAACAUCUUCGCCUACGGAGACAUGGGAAAGACCACCCAGCACUGGAACAACGAGAAGGCCUCCAUCAACACGACGCGCCUCAUGAUCAAAGAUAUGCAGGCCAUCCCUAUGGACCUUGCCAUCCACAUUGGCGACAUCUCCUACGCGGUGGGCUACGGCGCGCAGUGGGACGAGUUCCACGACCAGGUGUCGGCCAUCUCCACGCGGCUGCCCUACAUGACUUGCAUCGGCAACCACGAGCGCGACUUCCCCAACUCCGGCUCCCGCUUCAACGGAACUGACUCUGGCGGCGAGUGCGGCGUGGCAUAUGAGGUGCGGUACCCUAUGCCCACGCCGGGCAGGGAUCAGCCGUGGUACAGCUUCGACUACGGCUCAGUCCACUUCGUCUUCAUGUCCAGCGAACACAACUUCACCAUUGGCGGAACGCAGUGGCAGUGGAUCGAAGCCGAUCUGAGGAAGGUGGAUCGCACCAAGACUCCCUGGAUCAUCUUCAGCGGCCACCGCCCCAUGUACAUCGACUCCAACUACGAUAAGGGCGACUCGGCCGACCAGCCGGUGGCGAGAGAGCUGAGGCGCAACCUGGAGGACCUGCUGUUCAAGUACCGGGUCGACCUCGCCUUCUGGGGCCACCACCACUCCUCAGUUGAGAGUUGUCUUCUCGUCGGAGCACAGUACCAGCGCAGCUGCCCGGUGUUCAACGGCACUUGCAUGUCUGAAGGCCAGGCCACCACACACGUCGUCAUAGGUAUGGCCGGCUACAGGCUCUCGACGGACAUUCCCCUCACCAUGCCCUCGUGGGCGCGCGUGGUGGACGUGUCGGAGAACGGCUACACGCGCCUUUCGGUCACGUCCUCGCGACUGGAGAUGACCUUCAUCAGCGACGUCGACGCCCGCGUCAAGGACCACUUUGUUCUCACCAAGUAG